AUGUCAUCGUCUGGUAAAGACAACAGCGGUGCUCAACAUGCCAAUUACGUGGGACCAUAUCGCUUGGAAAAGACGCUCGGCAAAGGACAGACAGGUCUGGUGAAGCUCGGAGUCCACUGCGUCACGUGUCAGAAAGUUGCCAUAAAGAUUGUCAACCGAGAGAAGCUCAGUGAGUCUGUAUUAAUGAAGGUGGAGCGAGAGAUUGCUAUUCUGAAGCUAAUAGAACACCCUCAUGUCUUAAAGUUGCAUGACGUCUACGAAAACAAGAAAUAUCUGUAUUUGGUUUUAGAGCACGUAUCUGGAGGAGAACUGUUUGACUACCUGGUAAAGAAGGGCAGGUUAACGCCCAAGGAAGCCAGAAAGUUCUUCAGACAAAUUAUGUCAGCUCUGGAUUUCUGUCACAGUCACUCAAUAUGCCACAGGGACCUGAAGCCAGAGAACCUGUUGCUGGAUGAGAAGAACAAUAUUAGGAUAGCAGACUUUGGCAUGGCUUCCCUCCAGGUCGGCGACAGUCUACUGGAAACUAGCUGUGGGUCUCCACACUACGCCUGUCCUGAGGUCAUUAGGGGAGAGAAGUAUGAUGGACGGAAAGCAGAUGUAUGGAGCUGUGGAGUCAUUCUCUUUGCUCUGCUGGUGGGAGCCCUGCCGUUUGAUGAUGACAAUUUAAGAAACUUGUUAGAGAAAGUGAAGCUCGGAGUAUUUCACAUGCCACACUUCAUUCCUCCAGACUGCCAGAACCUUCUCCGGGGUAUGAUUGAGGUGGAUGCAGCUAAGAGGCUAACGUUAGAGCAGAUCCAGAAGCACACAUGGUACAUAGGGGGAAAGAACGAGCCAGAACCAGAGCAGCCCGUGCCCAGGAAGGUGGCCAUCCGCUCCCUGCCCUCUGCUGAAGACAUUGACCCCGACGUACUGGAGAGCAUGCAUUCGCUGGGCUGCUUCCGUGACAAGAACAAACUAAUGAAGGACCUUUUGUCAGACGAUGAAAAUCAGGAAAAGAUGAUUUAUUUCCUCCUGCUUGACCGUAAGGAGAGGUAUCCCAGUCACGAGGACCAGAACCUUCCCCCACGCAACGACAUCGAUCCUCCGCGAAAGCGUGUGGACUCACCCAUGCUGAACCGGCACGGGAAGAGGAGGCCGGAGCGCAAGUCCAUGGAGGUCUUGAGCGUGACGGACGGCGGUUCCCCUGUGCCCGCGAGACGAGCCAUUGACAUGACCCAGCAUGGACAGAGGUCGCGGUCCAUCAGUGGAGCAUCCUCUGGCCUUUCCACCAGCCCUCUCAGCAGCCCACGGGUGACCCCUCACCCCUCCCCACGGGGUAGCCCUCUCCCUACUCCCAAAGGAACCCCGGUGCACACGCCCAAGGAGAGCCCGGCUGGUACGCCCAACCCCACGCCGCCGCCAAGCCCCUCCAUCGGUGGAAUGCCCUGGAGGACUCGCCUCAAUUCCAUCAAGAACAGCUUCUUGGGAUCACCACGUUUUCACCGCAGGAAACUACAAGUUCCUACUCAAGAGGAGAUGUCCAGCCUCACACCAGAGUCUUCUCCAGAACUUGCCAAAAAAUCUUGGUUUGGUAACUUCAUCAAUCUGGAGAAGGAAGAGCAGAUAUUUGUUGUCAUCAAGGACAAGCCACUGAGCUCCAUAAAAGCCGACAUAGUCCACGCCUUUCUCUCGAUUCCCAGCCUCAGUCACAGUGUCAUCUCUCAGACAAGUUUCCGGGCAGAAUACAAGUCCACCGCAGGCCCCACUGUCUUCCAGAAGCCUGUUAAGUUCCAGGUGGACAUCACCUACACUGAGAGCACAGCCGCACAGAAGGAAAAUGGCAUCUACUCUGUCACCUUCACACUGCUCUCAGGACCCAGCCGACGCUUCAAGCGAGUGGUCGAGACGAUUCAGGCCCAGUUGUUAAGCACACACGACCAGCCAGGGGUCCAACAGCUGUCUGGCAGCCCAUUGAGUAACUUCUUUGACGUAAUUAAACAACUUUUUUCAGACGAGAAGAACGGCCAGGUGCUUCAUCCACCUGGCUCGCCCAACAAGCAUGCUCCCAGCAGCAGGAGGCACGACCCCGAGGCUAAUGACUCUAAGUGCCCUGGGGGCAGAGACAAUGCCAACAUGGUGGCAUCUAUUGGAACGCAGGAGCAGCCAUAG